GGCUGCAGCACUGACGGCCUGACGGGCAGACAGUAGACCGCCUGCCGCCUGCACGCCUGACGGCUUACGGGGGGCUGGGCCCGGGCUCAAUGGCAGCAGCGCAGUCAUCGACGGCGAGCGACGGAUUGCGCGAGUUUGCACGGGCACACGGUAGCACGGGUUUCAAUCUCGCACCGUGCCGUCUUUUCACCUUGACCCUGAACAUUUCCCAGACAUGGUCAAUAAUAAUCGUCACGUUCCUCAAGUCCUCAUCACUACACUACUACUAUUACUACAUACUUGCUCGAGUCCUUCCCAAACUACAGCAGACCAUUCUAUUCCUCAUUACCGCCAACAACAACAGCACAACACUCGCAGUCCUCGAGCAUACGAUACACCUUCAACCCACAAUAAGCACUCUUGAGCAGCGUCAACAGCGUAAACACAAGAUCAAGCGACCACCUGCAAGGGUGUUGGCCGCCGGGAUCUGCAUCAAGCGCCAAGUCACAACAGAGUGGGUGGCGAAGACUGGCCCCUUAUCUAUGAUGUAUAUUGGCUUAUUUGGAUUAGCUUUCAAACUCAAAGUCGCCAGAGUGCCAAGGAAUGGCGCCCUCGUUUCAGGGUGGAAAGGGGCAGAACGAGAGCCUCGCUCCCGACCCUGACUGUCACG